GCUCCGCGUCCAGAAGGUGAGAAACGUUGACCCGGCCGGCGGACCCUACCCGAGGAGUCGAGCUGCGCGAGUCCGGCGGCAGCGGCACUUCCAUCCCCAGACGGGAACUCCUGGCCCCUCUGCAGUCUCUCCUCCGCCCGCUCCGUCUCGGUGGACGGUCCCUGUAAAGGGACUCCUGCGCGGUGCUCUGUGACGGCAGCAUCACGGCGAGGGGCGUCCACGCUCCUUCCCUUUUUGUGGCCGAAUACUCCACGCCGCGGGUACCCCAGCCUUUCUUUCUAAGACCCCGAGGCGGCGGGGUUCAGCUGGACAUGGCAGCUGCGAGGCCCGCGUUGGGCCGCGUCCUCCCCGGAUCUUCCAUGCUCUUCCUGUGCGACAUGCAGGAGAAGUUCCGCCACGUCGUGUACUUCCGCCAGAUCGUCUCCGUGGCUGCGCGCAUGCUCAAGGUGGCCCGGCUGCUGAAUGUCCCGACAGUGCUGACUGAGCAGUACCCCCAGGGCCUGGGCCCCACGGUGCCCGAGCUGGGCGCCCAGGGCCUGCAGCCGCACUCCAAGACCUGCUUCAGCAUGGUGCCCGUGGUGCAGCAGGAGCUGGACGCGCGGCCCCAGCUGCGCUCCGUGCUCCUCUGUGGCUUGGAGACACAAGCCUGCAUCUUGCAAACGGCCCUGGACCUCCUGGAUCGCGGGCUGCAGGUCCACGUGGUGGUGGACGCCUGUACCUCCCGGAGCCAGGUGGACCGGCUGGUGGCGUUGUCGCGGAUGCGCCAGAGCGGCGCCUUCCUCUCCACCAGCGAGGGGCUCAUUUUGCAGCUCAUGGGCGAUGCUGCCCACCCUCAGUUCAAGGAGAUCCAGAAGCUCAUCAAGGAGCCCAGCCCCGACAGCGGGCUGCUGGGCCUUUUCCAAGACCAGAACCCCCUCUUCCGCUGACCUCGCCACCCUGCGCUGAGCGGAGACACCCUCUUCUCCUGUCCUCGGGACUCUGGCAGGCGCGCCUUCUCCCCCCGUCGCCGGGUCCCGAGAGUGGUGCAGUCCACAGGGAGAACCGCCCCCUCGGGAGGGCGGUGGGUGCCGCCUUCCCAUUGGGCCGCAGCUCCCGGAAAUGCAAAUGAGGCUCCCAGAGCUGGGCGAGGGUUGGUCGAGCCGGGCUGGAGGCGGGGCUCGGCCCCGGGCCACUCCAAGGGGCGGCGAGGGGGAGGGCGUCACAGUCUGUGUGGGACCCGCUCGCGGAGAAUAAACACUGAUGUG